UUGACUGAAGACCAAAAUGAACUCUCUCUUCCCUCCUAACAAAAACAAAUAUCAAUGGCUUCACUUUUCUUUUCUUGUAUGUACUACAUUUUCAACCCUUUUUCUCCAACUAUUCCUCCUCAUUUUCCUUUACCCGUUCUUUGUUUUCUUGAUUUCCUGUUUUUUUUUUUGUUUGUUUUUUUGAGAGCAAAGUGAGUUGUAAAGUGAGAAUCUUGAUAUUUUUUUAAUAUGGGGAUUUGCAUUGGUAAACCUGUAAAGCUUGCUCAUGCCUCUUCUAGCUUGUUGUCUGGUUGUGGAAAACCUGUUUAGCUGGUUAUUUUCAACUGACCUGGUCCUCGAAUAGAAGCAUUGGCAUGGAUAAGAUUCAUAACAUUGUGAAAGCAUAUUCUAGAACAGGCCCUGGCAAUGAGAGAAAGGAAUCAAGUCAUUCUUUUAGCCAAACACUCCAGGGUAGUUUCGGAAAGAAUCUCAAGUCUUGCAAAAGUGAUCUAUCUGCCACCAGCAAUCUCAAGUCCUUUACCUUCAAUGACCUCAAAAAUGCGACGAGGAAUUUUCGAGCUGAUAGUCUUCUUGGCGAGGGAGGAUUUGGAUAUGUCUUCAAAGGAUGGCUAGAUGAAAAUACGCUUGCGCCCUGCAAACCAGGAACAGGAAUGAUAGUGGCUGUCAAGAAACUUAAGCCGGAAAGCUUCCAGGGGCAUAGAGAAUGGCUUGCUGAGGUUAACUACUUAGGGCAGCUUCACCACGAAAAUCUUGUGAGGUUGAUUGGACAUUGUGUAGAAUCUGAUAACAGGCUUCUUGUUUAUGAGUAUAUGACCAAAGGAAGCUUGGAAAAUCAUCUAUUCAGAAAAGGAGUUCAGCUUAUGACUUGGGGUAAACGGAUGCGUGUUGCAGUAGAUGUUGCACGAGGGUUAUCCUUCUUACACAGUCUGGAUGCUAAUGUGAUCUACCGGGACCUCAAAGCUUCAAACAUUCUACUUGAUUCGGAGUUUAAUGCGAAAUUAUCAGAUUUUGGCCUGGCAAGAGAUGGUCCUGAUGGAGAUAAAACUCAUGUUUCAACCAGGGUCAUAGGAACUCGGGGUUAUGCUGCACCAGAAUAUGUCGCAACAGGUCACUUGACUUCAAAGAAUGAUGUUUACAGUUUCGGUGUUGUUCUACUGGAGCUGCUAUCAGGAAGACGAGCUACAGGUGAGGAGAACCCAGGGGGGGCGGAGGAAACGUUGGUAGAAUGGGCAAAACCUUUCCUAAGCGAUAGCAGACGAGUACUGAGAAUCAUGGAUACAAGGUUGGGAGGGCAGUAUUCGAAGAAAGGUGCACAGGCUGCAGCGGCCCUCGCCUUACGGUGCCUUCAUGUAGAUCCAAAACUUAGGCCAACAAUGGAUGAGGUCUUAGCCACACUAGAGCUUUUGCCAUCACCAAAGGACAUUACUAGGGAGGCAAAUAAUGCACCGAAUGACAAGAUAAGUCAUCCUCAAAAGAGAGAUGUGUGACACAUUCAAGAUAGAUGUAAAUUUUCCACAUUCUAGUAUAUUCUAAGGAAGAUAUAUGUAUAUGUGGUCUCUUUCUUCUUUAUUUGUUUGUUGUUUCCCUACCUGCUUAUUUAGUGGUGAGGAGGACAAAUAUCAGUAUACUGCUUGAGUGCAAUAUGUUAAAUGUACAUAUUUAAAAUCUUAAUCUUAUAAUUAAUACUCUA